UCUUCUUUAACUUCCUUCUCUUCCUUCUCUACAAGCUUUCGUUCCACUCUCUCUGUCUUUCUCACCAUUACCUUUCCUCUUGCUUUAGCUACCUCAAACUCACUGACAAACAGAUGAAGAUCCAGUGUGAUGUCUGUAACAAAGAUGAGGCCUCUGUGUUCUGCACCGCUGAUGAGGCAGCCCUCUGUGAUGCUUGCGACCACGGCGUCCACCACGCCAACAAGCUCGCCUCCAAGCACCAACGCUUCUCGCUUCUCCACCCAUCUUCCAAAGAAUUCCCUAUCUGCGAUAUUUGCCAGGAGAGGCGAGCUUUCUUGUUCUGUCAGCAAGACAGAGCUAUUCUAUGCAGAGAGUGCGACUUUCCUAUCCACACAGCCAACGAGCACACCCAGAAGCACAAUAGGUUUCUUCUUACUGGGGUUAAGCUCUCUACUACCUCAGCUCAGUAUACACCCUCUACAGCUGCUUUAACCAAAGCUUGUGAUUCUGUUCCUGAUCAUCAUAGAUCUCAGCCCUCGAUCAAGAACUCUGUUGCUGCUGCUGCUGCUGCUCCUCUAGCAAUUCCACAACCACCUAUUCUGACCAAAACUACACCACCAACUAUCACUACUAACAACAAGAGUGCUGGUGAAAAUUUUGUAGCAGACCAAACGAGUAGCAUAUCAGAGUACUUAAUAGAGACCCUUCCUGGCUGGCAUGUUGAGGACUUUCUUGAUUCAAAUUGUGCACCCCCAGGUUUCUGUAAGACUGGUGAUGGUGUAAUGCCGUUUCUGGAUGCUGAUCUUGAGAGCAAUAUGGAAUCUUUCUCAUCAGCUGAUAUGAGCUUUGGAGUUUGGGUCCCACAAGCACCAGUUCCUGCCGUGUGUGCUCCACAAAUGGCUGCAGGACAAGCUGGAUUCAAAGAGAUCAUGAAGGAUGGUACAAACAUUAAAGCCAGCAAAAGGUGGUUGGAUGAUGGAUUCACAGUUCCACAAAUUAGUCCUUCAUUCACUGGCUCUAAUAACAGAUCUAGGAGGACCUUCUGUUAGAAUCAAUCAAAAACCUCCAAAUCUUAUCUUUUCAACAACAUCCAAUUAAUUUUCCUGAUUUGGUUUGAAUGUUGUUUUUGUUUUUGUUUUCAUCACUAGUUUUAGUUUCUUCUCCACUUUGAGUAUGUCCUGUAACCCAACCCAGGUUCAGCUUUCAUAGUUUUUGUCUCUCUAGCUUCCGCCUUGUGCUUGUGAAUGCAAGCUUCAUUGUAAAUUACCAUAGAGAUCACUUAGCUCUUUGUUUGUCUUUCAAUUUGUUGGCAUGUAAAGAGUGGCAGAUAUUUUUGAUUCUCA